CCGUGGGGCAUUCCCUCGCCAUGGCAGCGGUGGGGCAGUGUGGGAGGUGUUGCUCACCUGCUCCUCCCCUGCUCCUCAAGCCCAGACCCGUCCCGGUGGCCUGGGCGCAACCGGAGCUGGCCGCGGCGGUGAGUGCCCAGCCCCGCGCACACCUUUGUUUAUUGUAGGUCCUACAGCAAACAGCGCUCGCGCCUGCCGCCAGCGCCCAGCCGAGAGGGGCCGGGGGGGGGGACCUAUGACUGCCCCCCAGGGGCUGGCACAGGGACGAGGUGGCACCCCCUUGUCACCUGUAGGGUCCCGGCUUGGCAUGGGGGAAGCCAAGGACACGGACAGCGGAGUCCUGCUGCAGCCGGGUCCUGCCAGCCCAGUGUCAGCCUUGAAGGAGAGGGCGCAGGCAGGGCGCAGGCAGCAGCAGGCGCUGGAGGCUCGCUUGGAGAGUUGCGUCCAGGAGCUGCGGAGGCUUUGCCUGCGUGAAGCUGAGCUGACAGGGACACUGCCCCGGGAGUACCCCCUGAGAGCUGGGGAGGUGCCCCCAAAGGUGCGGCGGAGGAUUGGUGCUGCCUUCAAGCUGGAUGAGACCCUCGUGCUGCGCGGGGCGGACCCUCUGAGCGCCCUGGAGAGGGACCUGGCACUGCAGCUGCAGAUUGCCAGGGCUGCCAGGCGCCUGUGCUGGGAGGAGAACAUCAGCAAGCGGCUGCGCAAGCACCGGCAGACGGCGGCGCUGCUGGAGGAGCAGAAGCUGAAGGACCUGGAGCAUGUCCUCAACCAGCGCCGGCUCCUGGCUGGCCGAAGGCCUCUGUCCUCCAGCCCUGCGACUGCCGCUGCUGAGGAGCUCAGCGCCUCCGAUGACAGCUCCCUGUCGGACACUGUCCUGGAGGAGGAGGAGAUGCGGCCACUGGGACCUGCCACUCCAAGGGGUUCCCCAUCCUCUGAGGACCCCACUGAGGAUGAGGAGGGGCUGGGGUCCCCACCAGCCCUUCCCAGCCCCUGGCGCGAGACCAGCCUCGACAGACCCUACGAGAGGGCCAGAAAGCCUGGAGCUGGCCCCGGGGAUGGGGAACCUCGGGGGUCCCGCUGCUACCCUGGGUCCUCACCUGCUGCCUCCUCAGCCCCCAACAGCCCUGACCCUGCGGCCUCGCUGGUGCCCAGGGCGGGGGACGUCCCCCCCUACCGCUUCGUGCCCAUCAGGACGCUGGUGCUGUGCCGGCAGGCAGGCUCCAGCGCCCCCAGCACUCCGGAGCCAUCCUGCCGGCGGGGGCAGACCCAGUCCCUGAGGGUGGAGGGAUGCUGGCAGCCCGGCGAGCCCCGGGGCCGCAGCGCCGUACCCCGCCGACGGCCCACGUACUACACUGUGACCGUGCCCACCUCCUGCAUCCCACCCGCCCCCGGCCCCACCUGUCGCUCCGGCUCUGACGACAGCAUCUCCGACCUCUCCAGCAUCUCCCACGCCACGUCCCCGGGCAGCAGCAGCCCCGACGUCUCCUUCCUGCGCCCACCACCUCUCGCCGAACCCGGUUACUACCCCCGGGGUGCCCCGCACCGGUUGCUGGCCCCCGGCGGGUCCCCAGCUUUCCUCUACGAGCAGGACCUGGCCCCGCUGCGCUACCAGCGCCUGGUGCCGUCGCACAGCCGCAUCGUGCGCACCCCCUCGCUCAAGGACUACUCGCCCAUGGGGGGCCGGGGGCUGUCCAAGGCUGCCGUGACCGAGGAGCUCAAGUCAUGGCACCAACGUGCCCGGCUGCGGGGUGCCCGUCCGCACUCCCUCGAUCGGCAAGGAGCCUUCCGAGGACCUCGUGGUGGCUUCACCAGGGACGUGCCCAUCACCCGUGGACUCCUGCCGCGGGCUCAGGCCUCCCCGCUGCAGGCCCCGCGGCGCUCCACGGCCAGCGUGCCCGUGCAGGUCCACGUGCCCGAGAGCGGAGAGGUCGUCACACAAGUGUGAGUGGGGACAGCACCCCCAGCCCCGGGGGGCACACGGCCUGGCUGGCCCAGGGACACUGCCGGGGGCUCGGCUGGGAGGUGCAGCCACCCCCUCCUGGCACUCCUGGGGCACAUGGGGCUGGAAUGAAGUGGCUGUGGCUGGGGCCCUACCCUGUCCCUCACUCACACUGUGACCUGAUGCUGAUGGUGCCACCAUGACCCUGGUGGUGAUGGACUGUCACCACGACCCCAAUGCUGUCGCUGCCACCACGAACCUGGUGCUGACAAUGCCACCAUGACCCCCGUGCUGAUGGUGCCACCAUAAUCACAAUGCUGAUGGUGCCACCAUGCCCUCAAUGCUGACAAUAGCACCAUGGCCUCAGUGCUGGUGAUGCCACUGUGACCUUGACACUGAUGGUGCCACCAUGACCCUGGUGCUGAUGGUGCCACUGCAGUCCUUGAUCUGGGUCUCCAAUAAAGGUGGUCCUUGUGGUGCUCUUUGUCCUCUCCA